UCAUCCUCCAGCUGUCUCAUAUGGACUCUUUCUCUCUCGCUGACACAAGGAGCUAGGACACAAGUUUUCCACUGACCUCUUGCUCUAGAUUUUGCCUUGACCACGUCAGUGGACGGAGACCUACAAUAGCCUCUCUCUUUCUCUCUCUCCCUCUCUCUCUCAAUUCUAUCGUUUCUUUAUUUCUCUCUCUCCCUCUCUCUCUCUGAGCGGUCAGUAUGAGUAAGUUGUGGACGGAGGAGCAGUUCAACUGCCCGGUGUGCCUGGACCUUCCCACGGACCCGACCACCAUCCCCUGCGGCCACAGCUACUGCAUGGACUGCAUCACCGACUUCUGGGACAACGAGAAGGAGAAGAACAAGACCCCGGGAGCGUUCAGCUGCCCCGAGUGUCGCCAGACGUUCUCCCCGCGUCCGCAGCUGAGCCGCAACACCAUGCUAGCAGAGGCCAUGGAGCAGGUGCGCAAAGGCAGCCUCUCUAGCGCCGCGCGAGACACCAUCCGCAGAGCCCACGGAGCUAGCGUCCGAGCUAACGCCAGCGCUAAGGGCGCUAGCGCUAAAGCUAACGGGCGGCGCGGCAGCGGCGGCGGCGGGCAGCGAGGAGGUCGGGGGUCGUCGUCGGGCGCGGUGCCCUGCGACCAGUGUCUGAGCGGCGAGCGCGACGCGGUCAAGACGUGCCUGGUGUGCAUGGCGUCGUUCUGCGAGGUGCACCUGAAGCCCCACCGCACCAGCGCCAAGCUGAAGGGGCACGAGACGAUCGCGCCCACCGCCGACAUCGCCGACAAGAUCUGCGCCCAGCACAAGUACCUGCAGGAGUUCUACUGCAAGCCCUGCCACAUGUACGUGUGCUGGCUCUGCACCAGCAACAACCACAAGGGACACGACACCGUGUCCACACAGGCACAGCGCACAGAGAAACAGAAAGAGUUGGAGGCGGCCCAAACGCAGAAUCAGCAGCGGCUGCAGGAGAGACAGAAGGAGCUGAAGGACAUGAAGAAAGUAGUGGACACACUCACGCGCUCCUCUGAUAAGGUGCAGGAGGACGUGGACCUGGUCCUGGGGGAGCUCCAGCAGUCGGUGCAGAAGCUGCUGGACCUGGUGGGGGAGGUGAUGCUCUCGUCUGGGCAGGAGAAGAUAGGCGAGGCCCAGGACGUGGUGCAGAAGCUGGAGGCCGAGGUGCGGCAGCUCAAGAAGAGGGAGACGGCCUCCAGAGACCUGAUCCGCUCACAAGACAACAUCUACUUCCUGCAGAAGUGUGAUGCUCUGGUGUCCCCUGUGGAGGAGAGUGAUUUGGGGAGUGUGAGUGUGAACCCAGACGUCACCUUCGACUGGGUCAAGGGCAUCAUCCGCGACCUCCGGGACAGAGUAGAGGUCAUGUGCAACGUGGAGCUCAACAACGUCAACCAGUCAGUGUUUGAUACGGAAGUUUUCACAGUGACAAAGAAAGAUGACAAGAAGGCAGCGUUCCUGAAACUGUUCUCAGGGAUCGGAAAACCAGCAAACGCCAGAGCUGCUCCAACCUUGCCAUCAGUGAGUGUGCGAGGUCUAGGAAACGCCGGACGCCGCAGCUCAGAGGCUAGAACUCAAAACGAACCAAGAGGUAAUGCCGGACGACGCAGCUCAGAGGCACAAAAUGAACCAAGAGGUAACGCAGGACGACGCAGCUCAGAGGCUAGGACACAGAACGAACCAAGAGCGGGCAGAGGAGCUGGAACAUCACCCCGUCCUACUCGACACAGACAAGCCACCGAGGACAGAGAAGAAGAUGACACCUGGAGUGUGAGUUCUCUGCAGAGACCAAGAAGAGACGAGAGAGAGACCGCUAACACUUCACCACAGCCGCAGAGACGAGAGUCAAGACAACAAAUAGAGUCCAGAGACCAAGAUGACACGGAAAUCAGUGGGCCCACACACACAUCAUCAUCAUCACACACUCCGCAGAGACAAACACAGGAUCAGUCUGACACUUGGAGCAUCAGUUCAAUGAGACUAAAUUCACGACAGAAGAAAGAGACAGUUGCUGCUCAGAACACCAGUUCAGCUCAGAAUGGACAGCCACAAGAGAGAGCAGUUGAUACGUGGAGUCUGAGUUCAUUAUUGCCCAAAGACAGGCGUAGGAGAGAGAGCCAGCAAAGUGAAAGAGGUGAACGCUGGAGCUUGAGCUCACUGCUGCCCAAAAACAGACGCAAACGAGAGGAGACAGGAACUGUGCGUGAACUCACCCCAGAUGACCCUCCCUCUUCCUCAGGCUUAUGGGACGCCCAAUCCACUCAAGUCAAUCCUGGUCUAUUCCUGGACACUCCAACUCCAGGGACGAUGACUUCACCAGGCUUCCCAGCUUUGAGGGAGAUUGACCUCGACAGCAUCCAAGCACCUGAGCCUCGCACCAGAGAGGACUUCCUGCAGUACGCCUGUGUGCUGACCCUUGACCCCUGCUCGGCGCAUCGUCGGCUGGUGCUGUCGGAGGGCAACUCCAUGGCGACGCUGCAGCCCUCCCUCCAGGUGUGUGCCGACCGGCCGGAGCGCUUCGACGGCUGGACGCAGGUGGUGUGUGUGGAGCCGCUGACCGCCGAGCGCUGCUACUGGGAGGUGGAGUGGAGGGGGCGUGGCUCGUCCCUGGGCGUGGCCUUGGCCUCCAUGCCCCGCAAGGGGGCGGACUCUCGCUCGGGGCUGGGCUACAACGGCCAAUCGUGGAGCCUGGAGCUGUCGGACAUGUGCUGCGCCGCGCUGCACGCCAACCAGAAGCAGGAGGUGCCCGUCACCUACUCGCCGCGCGUGGGCAUCUUCCUGGACCGGCCGGCGCGGACGCUGGCGUUCUACGGCGUGGACGAGGAGCUGGCGCCGCUGCACGCGUUCCGAUCGCCCGCCCUGGCACAGCCGCUCUACGCCGCCUUCGGCGUCGGCUGCGGACUCGGCAUCGGACUGGACUUCGCCAGCGGGCAGUUCAGCGCCCAGACGGACAGCAUCAAGAUAUGCCCCAUCUGAUGCCCAAGAUAUGCCCCAUCUGAUGCCCAAGACAUGCCCCAUCUGAUGCCCAAGACAUGCCCCAUCUGAUGCCAACUAGAGACUGGCAUUAAUACAGCAUCAAGAUAUGCCCCAUCUGAUGCCAACUAGAGACUGGCAUUAAUACAGUAUCAAGAUAUGCCCCAUCUGAUGCCAUCUAAAGACUGGCAUCAAUACAGCAUCAAGAUAUGCCCCAUCUGAUGCCAACUAGAGACUGGCAUCAAUACAGCAUCAAUAUAAUAUAUGCCCCAUCUGAUGCCAACUAGAGACUGGCAUUAAUACAGCAUCAAGAUAUGCCCCAUCUGAUGCCAACUAGAGACUGGCAUUAAUACAGCAUCAAGAUAUGCCCCAUCUGAUGCCAACUAGAGACUGGCAUUAAUACAGCAUCAAGAUAUGCCCCAUCUGAUGCCAACUAGAGACUGGCAUCAAUACAGCAUCAAUAUAAUAUAUGCCCCAUCUGAUGCCAACUAGAGACUUGAGAAAGAAUGAUUGUUUUAAAGACUUCAAAGACGUUAAAGACUGUUCAACUAAAAGCCCCACAUUCUGAGAGUCCCAGUCCAACAAGGAGAGACCUGCUGUGCUGUGCUCAUAUGAGACCUGCUGUCUCUCUCUCUCUCUCUCUCUCUCUCUCUCUCAAUUUUCAAUUCAAUUCAAGGAUGCUUUAUUGGCAUGACAAAUAAGACAUUCAUGUUGCCAAAGCAGUCAAACAAAUGUAUAUCAUAGUGUAACAUUAGCACAGAAUGAUAAUACAUACACUGUACACAUGCAUACAUUAUACACAUACACAUAAGAAUACAAGUAAUAUACCAUAAGUAUGUCUAUCUCUGUAAAAAAUAAGGAUAUAGUCCUGUGAGAUAAAAUAAUUAAGUUAUGCUAGUGUCUCUCAGCUUAUGACAGUGUGAAAUGUAUUUUGCUGCUAGAGGGGCUGAAUAUCCCUCUCCUGAGAGGAUAGGCAGUUUAUCAUGUGAACCCAUGGUUUCGAACUUUGGGUAGUAUGAUUUAAAACUAGGGAAAGAUGCCUCUCUUAUGUUUUUAUAUUUUUCACAGUGAAGAAGAAAGUGCUCCUCUGUCUCAACCUUCCCUGUCUGGCAGUGACCACAUAUUCUUUCCUCUUUUGGCAGCCAGGUUUUCCUGUGCCUGCCUGUUUCCACUGUAAGAGUGUGGUCACUUAGCCUGUACUUGGUCAGGAUUUGCCUCUGCUUCGUAUCUCUGACAGAGAAGAGAUACUCUGCCAAUUUAUAUUCUCGAUUUAGGGCCCGAUAGAAAUUCAUUCUGCUUUGACUGGUAGUUUGAUUUCUCCAAUGUUCCAAAUAGUCUUCUUUCGCUUGUUUGAUGGCAAUUUUGACACUAAUUGUUGAUUUGGAAGCAGUACUGGUCUGAGCAGGUUGUAUACUUGUUAUGGAGUUAGUGAGCUUCAGUACCAGUUGGCAUAAGGGACUCUUGUUAGGGUUCAGUUCCUGGGUUUGUAGAGCCUCAAAGUGGAGUGCAUUUAUGGGACUUGAUUUCAAGUGCAUCCAGAAUUUUAGUGCUCGUUUUUGGAUAGGUAUUGCCAAUGGGUAACGGCCUAAUUCUGCCCUACAUGCAUUGUUUGGUGUUUUUGUUUGGACUUUAAGAAUAAAUCGACAGAAUUCUACAUGUAGGGCUUCUGUUGGAUGCUUGUCCCAUGCAGUGUAGUUGUGCAUGCUGAGUGGACCCCAGACUUCACUUCCGUAUAGCGCAAUAGGCUGUAUUAUGCUGUCAAAUAAUUUGCACCAGAUUGAUAUUGGUAUAUUUAUAUUGUAAAAUUUAGAUUUUAUUGCAUAGAGGGCUCUGCGGGCUUUUUCUUUGAGUGCAUUCACUGCCAUGCUGAAACUACCUGAUGCAGUAAUAACCAGACCGAGGUAGGUAUACUGCAUCGUGUGCUCUAGGGCGGUGCCACCUAGAGUGAAAGUGUGUCUGUGUUCCUGACAUCUGGGUUUCUUUUGAAAAAUCAUGAUUUUUGUUUUUGUAGGGUUUACUGACAGGGCCCAGGUCUGGCAGUAUUUUGCCAGCAGGUCUAGGUGUUCUUGUAGGCCCUGUUCAGAAGGGGAUAGGAGGACCAGAUCAUCUGCAAAGAGCAGAAAUUUGACUUCUGUAUUCUGGAGGGUGAGUCCAGAGCCUGCAGACUGUUCCAACUGCACCGCUAACUCAUUGAUGUAGAUGUUGAACAGAGUUGGACUCAGGCUGCAGCCCUGUCUCACUCCUCGUUUCUGUGUGAAGACUUCUGUUUGUUUUUUGCCAAUUUUUACACUGCAUUUAUUGUUUGAAUACAUUGAUUUGAUCACAUCAUAUACUUUACCCCCUACACCAGUUUCUAGCAGUUUGUAGUAUAAUCCGUCAUGCCAAAUAGAGUCAAAUGCUUUUUUAAAGUCGACAAAACAUGCAAAUAUUUUUCCAUUUUUCUUAUCUUUUACGUGUUUGUUGAUUAGGGUGUGUAGGGUGUAAAUGUGAUCCGUAGUGCGAUGAUUUGGAAGAAAGCCAAUUUGUUUUUUACACAGGGUAUUGUGCUUGUUAAGGAAGGUUUGGAUUCUUUCAUUCAAUAUGCUGCUAAAUACCUUCCCCAGAUUACUGUUCACACAGAUACCUCUGUAAUUAUUAGGAUCCAAUUUGUCUCCACUUUUAUGAAUUGGUGUGAUAAUGCCUUGAUUCCAGAUGUCAGGAAAAGAGCCAGAACUUAGAACAAGAUUGAAUAAUUUGAGCAUUGCAUUCUGCAUCUCAGGUGUGCUCUGCUUAAGCAUCUCACUCCUGAUGCUAUCCUGUCCACAGGAUUUAUUGGGCUUUAAGGAUCUAAUUUUUUGUGAUAAUUCUUCACUGGAAAUGGGGAAGUCCAGUGGACUUUGAUUAUCUUUAAAUACUAAUUCGAAAGUUUGUAAUUUUUCUUUAAUCUGAUUUUGAUUUGUUUCUGUUAGUUGUAUUUCACUGUAAAGGUUUUGAAAAUGCUCAAUCCAAGUGUUACCAUUUUGAAUGGGUACUUCUUUUGCUUCUUUAGUGCUCAAAUUAUUCCACAUAUGCCAAAACUGAUUUUUGUUGAUGGAGUCUUCAAUCUCAUAGAUAAGUUUGUUGGUGUAGUGCUGUUUUUUUCUUUUGAUAGUUUGUUUGUAACUUUUUUGGGUCAGACAAUAUUGUUGUCUUAAAACUGUGUCUUGGGGGUGGCGGUGUUUUAGGUUUGAUAGUUGUCUUAAUUCCUUCCUUAUAUUUUUGCAUUCUGUGUCAAACCAUUUAUCACAUUUUGGCUUUUUGGCUUUUGCUCUCUGGCUUUUUGUUAGCCCAGCCUUUUUUGCAGCAGUGUGGAAAAUAAGGUUCAGCUCUUGAACGGCCAUGUUGACACUUUUUGUAUCAUUACAGAAGGGUUUGUUAGUAAAGUUAGUUAUUUUGUUAGUCAAAUUUGGUGAAUUUAAGGCUUGUAUGAAUUUUUCUGAACUGUCUGUCGCCCAUCUGUACAUUGGAUUGAGAUUGUACAACUUACUGGGCUCCUUAUGUGAUUUAGUAAAAUUGUUAGUCAUUUUCAGGAAUAUAUUUAUUUGGUUAUGGUCGGAAAAUGGAGUUUGCUGCCUGACAGUGAAUGCACUGAAGUGAGAGGGGUCCAUGUCAGUGAUUGCAUAAUCUACUACACUGCUACCCAGGGCUGAAGAAUACGUGAACCUCCCCAAAGAGUCCCCUCUAAUCCUGCCAUUAAGAAUGUACAGGCCUAAGGCUUGACAGAGGUGCACUAACUCUUUACCACUGUUGUUUACCACACAGUCUAGGUUGCACCGUGUUGUGGUCGUUGGUGAAAGGUGCAAUGGUAACUGGCCAAACACAUGUGCACUACCCUCAGGGUCAAUAAAGUCGGGCUCAAUGCCUGUCCGUGCAUUAAAGUCUCCACACAGUAUCACUUUGCCCUGUGCUUGGAAAUAAACUACUUCUGUGUAGAGCUUAUUGAAGUAAUCUUCUUCAUAGUAGUCUGAGUCAGCUGGCGGAAUGUAUGCUGCACAGAGGUAAGUUGUGAAUUCAGCAAUGCCUAUGGUAUUGCGUAAUUUCAGCCAUAAGUGGUAUUUCUCUAUUUUGACAAUUGAUAUGUGUUUAGCCAAUUCAUUUUUGCACCA